AUGGAGGUUGCCUUCUCUGCGCUCGUAGGUGAACUCGCCCAGCGAUCCAUAUCCUUCUUCAUCGACAGACUGUCGAAGCCGGAGAAGCUAGCCAUGCCGACAGAGGAGACCCUGCGGCGCAAGCUGCUGCGGGUUCACGUCGUGGUCGAGGAAGCGGAGGGGCGGCAGAUCACAAGCCGAUCCAUGCUGGAGCAGCUCAAGCUGCUGCGAGAGGCGAUGUACAGAGGCUACUUCGUGCUGGACAGCUUCAAGUACCGAUCUUGCCAAGAACCAGAGAGCAACAAGGAGGACAACGAUGGUGAUAUUGGUGUGACACGCUCUUUUGCCCUAUCUAAGAUCAAUUCUGCGAAACGUGUUCAGUUGCUCCUAGGCAGAAGUAGCCGCGGUGCGAUCGGGGAAGACGAUCUGCGGCGAGUGCUCCUCCGCCUCGACGCCAUCAUCACCGACACGGGUGAGUUUGCCUCGUUCUUGGCUGGUUAUCCUCGCCUGCGCCGACAGCCUCACGACACCUACAUGCUGUUGGAGAGGUGCAUGUUUGGCCGCCAUGUGGAGAUGGAGCACAUCAUCAACUUCUUGCUGCAAAGGGGCACUGGAGACCUAGAGGUCCUGCCCAUUGUUGGCCCAUCAAAAGCUGGCAAGAGCACCCUGAUCGAGCAUGCCUGCAACGACGAGAGGGUACGUAGGGCCUUCUCCAGAAUCGUAUUCUUCACCGAAGAUGAUCUCGGGGAUGAAGAAGGGGGUACUAUAAAGCACGAAAGCCGUCGCCGCGCCCUGAAGGACUGUAAGAUUCUGGUUAUUCUAGAACUAGAAGGAGAUAUCGACGACGAUGCGUGGAGAAAGUCGUAUGCAGCAUCCAAAAGUUAUCCUGCAGGUGAUCGCAGGAUGAUUAUUUCUAGCCGGUCCGACAAGAUUGCAAGAUUUGGGACAGCACAGGCUCUCAGGGUGCGAUUUCUGACCCCAGAAGCAUACUGGUACUUCUUCAAGGCGCUCGCAUUCGGAAGCACGAACCCCGAGGCCGAACCGAAGCUUGCGUCGCUGGCCAUGGAGAUAGCCGCAGACCUGAAUGGCUCCUUCGUAGUGGGGAACAUCAUCGCCAGCUUGCUAAGGGCCAAUUUCAGCGCCAAGUUCUGGCGCAUGGCAAUGUCGACCGUGAGAGAAUGCAGACGGAGGUACCCUUUCAUGUUUGGUGCACUUGCACUUCCAGUGAGUCCAUGGCAGCUAGCAGAACAGGCACAGUUUCCAUUGAUUGGUACGACUGGUCAGUGCUUGUCGAUGUCUAAUGAUCGUCAAAUAGUCUCUACUGGAGUUGAAGCUCCCCUGAUAAAGAUGCGGGACGUUAUGACUGGAAGUGUGGUACUGCCUGAUGGGAAAUUUGAGGCACUUGCUUGGAAAUCUACCAUACCACCUUACUACAGCUAUACUUUUACAUGUGAGAUGCAGAAGCCACGACCUGUUCCAGUCAGGAAGAAACGCGUUUAUGAUCUGACUUUCAACUGUUGA